AUCCGUCAGCUGUCAAAAGUGCGUGCGCCCUCGACCGAAAUCAAAACAAAUCAAUUUCCCACAACGCAGAGACGGUGCCCCGAACGAUUCCGGAAAGCGUAAAAUUCGUGCCAUUGCUCAACAGUGUUCUUCCCGUUUGAACCCGAACGCGCGCACGAUCCGUCGUCAGCAACGGCAUUCAAAAUUGAGAACAACAAAGCGAAGCCGAGCGCGGGCAAGUCGUCUUCGAAGCCGGCCAGCAAACAGCAGCAGCAGCCGAAUCAGCACCAGGUCGGAAUCAUGAAGCCGACGGUCGUGGCGGACGAGAUGUUUCCGGAGGGGCCGGGACCGUUUAUGGAUCUGGAGGAGGCGGGUGGAUCGACUGGGCUGCUGAUGGAUUUGGCCGCCAACGAGAAGGAUGUCCACGCGGAUUUUUACAAUGAUUUUGAGGACCUUUUCGACGAGGAUGAGGAAAACAUGGUUUAAAUUUAAUCGGAAAGCAAUGAUAAUUUAAUUUGAUGAGAAGAAUGUUCUGAAUAAAAUGAUAUAACUUUAAA